AUGAGUGACGAUGUAAUUGAAUCAAAAGCGUUCUUGCAACUAGCAGAAUCUGAGUUGAAGGUUGAUCAGAUAGAGAAAGAUGUUGAAGAGUAUAGAUUGAGUAAGAUGAAACCGUUGUAUGUUGAGAGAGAUUUGAUCAUAGAGAAGAUUCCGGAUUUUUGGAAAAUUGUAUUAUCACAACAUUCUGAUUUUGCCAACUAUUUGAGAGCAUCAGAUUUCACAUAUGUUGAUUGCAUUGAAGAUGUCAAAGUGAACUGGGAAACGGUAGAUAAAUUUAGUAUAACUAUUAAAUUCAGUGGUAUUGAAGGUGAUUUUGAAGCUCAGACUGUUACCAAGCACUUCUCAAGACAAAGAGUGAUCGAUGACGGAAACACUGGCAGAAAGGGAAACGAAGAAGAAGAGGAGGAGGAGGAAGGUGAGCUACUGAGCAGUGAAGUUGUGGAUAUCAAAUGGCCAAACAAGUAUGAUAAGAUAAACCCUGACAAAAUCGAGGACAAGAAGUCCAAUGAAGGGAAGAAGAACUAUAGAACCGGUAUGAAGAGUUUAUUUGCAUGGUUCAGAUGGACUGGUUUAAAACCUGGCAAAGAAUUCCCACAUGGUGAUUCAUUUGUAACGUUGUUUGUCGAGGACCUGUAUCCUUACUGUGUGAAAUAUUACACUGAAGCCCAACGUGAUUUAGAAGAUGAGAAUGACGAUACUGGUAGCGAAGGUCACAGUAGUGAAGGUGAACUUGAAUUAGAGAAUGAUGACGAGCCACCAGCUAAAAAAACGAAAAUAUAA